CGCCUGCGCGAAAGGGAUUUCUGCACAGUAAGGCUAUCCGGCCGCCGGAAAAGGCUCAUCAUCUAAUGCUGAAAUCAAUGGAUCUAUCGGUCCAUCAUCUUCUCCAGCAGUCCUGCCAAGAUCCAAUUCGCUGGCCCCAAGUCCCUAAGUCCCUAUAUUGGUGUUUGUUAUGGAAGGCUUGGGAGCAACUUGCCAGCGCCUAGAGAAGUUGUAUCUUUCUACAAGCAGAAUAAUAUCCAAAGAAUGAGACUCUAUGAUCCAGGUUUGGAUGUUCUCCAAGCACUUAGAGGCUCCAACAUUGAGGUCAUGCUUGGUGUUUCCAACUCUGAUCUUCAAUACAUUGCCAUCAGUCAAGAUAAUGCAGAUACUUGGGUUGAGAACAAUGUUAAGAACUAUGACAGCAUCAAGUUCUGGUAUAUUGUUGUUGGAAACUUAGUGAGGCCUUCAGAUUCAUAUGCACAGUUUCUAGUCCCUGCAAUGCAGAAUAUUCACAAAGCAGUUUCAAAGGCUGAGCUUGAUGUCAAAGUAUCCACAGCAAUCGACACAAAAGCAAUAGGAUCAUAUUUCCCGCCAUCAAAUGGAUCUUUCAGGUUAGAAUACAAGCCAAUGCUCGAUCCUGUCAUCCGCUUCUUGGUGAACAGUUCGGCCCCAUUACUUGUCAACUUGCAUCCAUAUUUAACUUACAUUAACAACUCUAAUAACAUUAGUCUCAAUUUUGCUCUCUUCACAUCUCCAUCACCUGUGUUUGUAGAUCGUCAUUUACAAUACAAUAAUCUUUUUGAUGCACUUUUGGAUACUAUUUAUGCUGCACUCAAAAGGUCUAAUGGGGGUUCUUUGGAUAUUGUUGUAUCUAAGAGUGGUUGGCCCUCAGCUGGCGGAAUGGCAGCAACCACCGAACCAAUUGAAACAUACAUUUUUGCCAUGUUUGAUGAGAAUAACAAAGAGCCAGAAUUUGAGAAACACUGGGGGCUUUUUCUUCCAAACAUGCAGUCUAAACACAAGUCCUUUACAACCCCAAUAUUCUUACCAAGCUCUGAUGAUGUUGAAGACCCAAAAAUCUUUGGACUUGCUCCCAAUGGAACAUUUGAUCUUUUUCCUCCCAAAGGAAGUAAGAGCAGGACAGGGUUACUGGUGGGAAUAACCAUUGGAGGUGCUGUAAUUUCAGGCCUAGGUUUUACUCUCUUUAUGUUUUGGAGGAAGGGUAAAAAAAAUGAACUAGAUGUUCUUGCUUUACACAGAUCAGUUGACAAUGGAUAUGGAAAUGGCAUGGGACCUAGGGAGUUCAAUUAUGAUGAAUUGGCUAAAGCAACAAAGAGUUUUGCGGAAGAAGAAAAGCUUGGUGAGGGAGGGUUUGGAGCAGUAUAUAAAGGUUUCUUAAGGGAUUCAAAUACGAAUGUUGGAGUUAAAAGGGUUUCAAAAAGCUCUAAACAAGGGAUCAAGGAGUACACAUCGGAAGUGAAGAUUAUUAGUUGAUUGAGGCACAAGAAUUUAGUGAAGCUUAUAGGUUGGUGCCAUGAAAAGGAACUUUUACUUGCUUAUGAGUACAUGUCCAAUGGCAGCCUAGAUUCUCAUCUCUUCAAAGGAAGAAGCAAGUUGCCAUUGAAGCUUAGAUAUAAAAUUGUGCAGGGCUUGGCAUCUGCAUUAUUGUAUCUACAUGAAGAAGGAGACUUCUGUGUGCUGCAUAGGGAUAUUAAAACAAGCAACAUUAUGUUAGAUUCAGCCUUCAAUGCUAAGCUUGGGGAUUUUGGGUUAGCUAGGCUAGUUGACCAUGAAAAAGGUUCACAAACAACUUUGUUGGCUGGGACCAUGGGCUACAUGGCUCCUGAGUGUCAUAACACUGGUAAGGCAAGCAAGGAGUCAGAUGUCUAUAGCUUUGGGGUUGUGGCACUUGAAAUUGCAUGUGGCAGGAGGUCAAUAGAACCCCAACUCGAUGAUGAUCAGGUGUCAUUAGUGGCUUGGGUCUGGAAGGCAUAUGGUAAUGAAAUGCUUCUUGAUGUAGCUGACAAAAAAAUUGAUACUGAUUCUAAUGUGAAAGAGAUGGAGUGUUUGAUGCUUGUUGGACUCUGGUGCACACAUCCUGUCCGUAGUCUGAGACCAUCAAUUAGACAGGCAAUGCAAGUGCUUAAUUUUGAGGCACCACUGCCUAGUCUUCCAGGUGUGAUGCCUAUUCCCAACUAUGAUAUUCAUAAUUCUUCUGCGGUUAGAAUAAGUGAGCCUUGUCUAUCAAAUGUGGGCAUUACUUUUCCACGUUAGAUGGAUUACAUAAUUGUUUAAAUGUAGAACACUGAGUUUAUUGUUUCCUUCCUUGAAGAAAUUGUGGCUCAUAGAUGCUAUGAUUUUGUUACUGAGAAAUAACAAGUGCAGAAAUUGUUUCAAAUUCAAUGAAAUUUCAGUCUCUCA